GCGGAAUAGUCUGACGUUCUUUGUUAUAUGCCAGCUGCAACAAAAAGAAUUUUGACUGAUGUUUAAAUGCCAAGAAAUGAAAAAGCUCGCCGCCCUUGCAUUCAAAUGAGCACUCGACCAUGAAACAGACGGUUGGAACUGAAGAUCCGAAUCUGGUUGAAGUUCGGCAGCCCAUUCACCGCCGAAAUAAAAUGGCGAGGUCCCAUACGACGUUGCCGAUUAAUGGAAAUGCGACGCAAGAAAUGAGCCUAGCUGCAGCAAUUCAUGAUCAUAUCUCAUGUACGAAAGUAAUUUCUUCCCCGCCAGCUUUGUGUCACACGGACCAUAUCUACGCGAAUAGUGGAGAAAUCUCUAGGAAAAAGAGAAAAGGCGGGAAACCAAGAAAGAAUUCCGCUGCUGUUUUGCUGCUUCGCGCUGCCGCCAUUAAACACCGUCACAACAGGCCGAAGGUACUCUCUUUGGAGAACAAACGCCUGCGAGAAAUGGUGGUCGUACAAUUGGAACUUAUCAGGCACCUGCAGGAAGACAGUGUGGUUAAAGAUAGGCAGAUUAUGAGCACGAGGCAAGAGAAUGAGACGCUGCGUGCUCGCCUUCAACGCCGGGAACAUCACCUUGAUACUAAAAAAAAGAAAUUUCAGAAGUCUGAUGAGGAGAGUUUAGGAAAUAUAUCUGAAACAGAUUCACAACCAGCUCCUGUGGUGCAACCUAUUCCACCUCCAAAUGAAACUCAAAAUACUCAUGGAACUGCUGUUAAUCUUGUCACACGCUACUUCGGAAGACGAUCAAAAACAGUUCCUUCAAGAGCUCUUAAAAGGCGGUACCUUGGCCCACCAAAGACACUUCCUGUAAAAAAAUCUCCAACUCGUGUCUCGUCCAUUUCUUCCGCUUCAGAGGCAAGUCAAGAGCCUGCCACAUCAUCCCUAAAACCACUUGUUCCUGAUAAUGUGCCCAUUAUAACAAAUGCAUCUGUGGAGGAAAAAUGUCAUAAAAAGAAGAAAAAAGGUGAAAAAUCAAAGAAUGUUUCCAGGAAGGACAAUUAUUUAACGACAGAAAAAGCUUAUUUUUUACCAGACACCAACGCUACUGUAAAUAUUCUGCCUGCUCCAGAAACAUUGAUUGACGUGCCUUCUUGGAAAUGGAAGCCUAUUCAUAGUUUUUAUCAAAUGGAAGGAACUGAGAAUAUCAAUGACUGUGUUUUUCAAAGAAGACAUCUAAAAUGUGAACAGGAUGAACGGCGUCGCAAGCGAUGGGAUAUGCAGAGAUUAAGGGAACAAAAAGCAAGUGAAAAGCUGAAAGAAAAAGCUGCUCGAGAGUCUAAUAGGCGACGUAACAAAGCAUUUUCCUUUUAUCCUGAUCCAAAGCACAUUGACAUCAUUGAAGUUACAGACCAACUACCAGUUCUAGCCUUUGGACAUCUUAUACCCCUUUUUCAACCUAGUGAAUUUUCAAUGCCCUGGGAAAACAGUGAUAGUUCAGUGGCAAGUCCAAGCAGCAGCAGAAGAAAAGAUUAGGUAUAGUUAUUUGAUUAGAAGAUUAAAAGUGCAUCUGGGAACUCUCUAAAUCUGAAAUAGAAAAAGAUGGAGACAUCGGAAAAGGGUUUUUUUUUUAUUUUAAGUGUUGCAGACUUUUAUGAUUAUCCGAAUUGCAAGAUAAAGCAUGUUGAUAAAAUUACAUAUGCAAACUCUGAUGCCUUCACUCAACUGUAUUUAAGAGUUCUACUAAGUUGAUUUACUAUUGUCCAAAAGUUAAUGUUUUGGGUAACAGUUGUACACAUGUAUAUUGAAGCAUUUCUUUUGAACUCACAGACUGAACUCGAGUCAUAUUAUGUGAUGUCAACCACUUCAUUUUGAAAAUGAUGGUUGAAAUACUCAUUUUAAAGAGCAACAUAAUUGUACAUGAAAACAAAGAUAAUGUAAAUAUAUGUAAAUAUAUUGCUGUAUAUAAAUGUGUAUAUAUGUAAGUAAAUGUUGGACUGUGAUGCUCCAAAAGGGUUUAAAUCCUAUUAAAGAAAAGUUACCAGAUAUUUUCAAGUUGAUAUUGCUUGAUAUUUCGUGAAGAAACGGGUUUACGGCAGAGCAAUGUUUUGAAAUAAGCUUUCAAAUUAAUUUAAUAGUAACACACUUCAUACUACAAGUUCUAACCUCUAUAGUGUUACCAUAUUUCCUCAUUGUUCUCAAGUAUGUUUAUGUGUGAUAAUUUUCCUUUAUUAAUUUGCCAAUCAUCUCCUCAGCUUGACUUUGUUAGUUCUGAACCAAAAUUCAAAAUGAUGUUUGAAUGUUAGAUUUUUAUAAAAGUUUUACGUUCGUUAUAGUUUUGAAACAAUGUCAAACCACCUUGACAGUUUCGGAUAAACAAGUGUAGACCUCCCUUCUAAGGAUCUUAUAUUUAUAAAUGUAUGAACUAAUAUUAUUUCAGUAUAUUUUCUAUAGCAUUCAUUCACACACAGUAUGACACACUUAUUGUGGGCCUAUUCUUUGCAAGUGUCUGUGUUUAGGAAAGAAAAUUAUUUUGGUUUGCUUAGUUUUAAUGAGAAAAGUGAAUUGAGAAAUAUAAAAAAUUCCUAGUCCCAAGAUACUAGAAUAAUGCACUGAAACAUUGGUGAAUAACUAUCUAAUAGUGAAGAAAAAGUAUUAAUAUUAUUUCUAAUAGUGGUAGACUAGCAUUUGACUUAAGAGCAGGAUGGAUAAUUUUCAAGAAGUGACAAAUACAAUCCACUGGAAUUAGUAACGUUACUCUUCAAAGGAAUUCUGAAAACAUCAACUGCUGUGCAUAUGAUGAUCAGUUAGAAUUGUUCCUUACAAGCAAGCUGUAGAACCUGUAAUAUGUGAACAGAUUUGGCAUGUGAUCAAAUUUACUAAGAGGUUUUGCAAGUUAAGAUCUUAUUUUUAAAAGCAGCUCUACACUGUAUAUAAAUCAUCUCAAACAUUACUUUCCAAAAUAUGCUGAAAGGAACUUCCUGAGUUAGAGAAAGUUAAAUGCAUAAAAUAUGAAUUUAGCUAAGAAAAUCAUAGCAUGUACAAAAUCACACAGCUGAAGGCGUUAAUUUGUUCAAAAUUUCUGAUCACAAGUAAUAAUUUUAGGCAAGCUGUGUUUUUCGGUAAUAAUGCAACACCAUCAAACAAGAUUUUUCUGGAUUGAAAACAAAACUUUGACUAACAACUGGGUGAGGCGUUUAAACAGUCCCAAAGUUACAACAGUAGAGUCCCAAAAACUCAACCUAAUGUGGACCAAAAGUGCUCCAGUAAGUUUUAUUCAUAUUGGUUUAUAUUGCCUAAGUUAAGACCUCUGUUUCUAUGGUAUUGUUUAAGAAGUGCUGUGCCAUUCUCGGAGUAGCAUUAAACUAGCUCUCUGAAGUUAAAUAAAUCAGUGGCAUUAUUAUAGAAAAAAAGGUAUUUUGAAAUGUAUGUUUAGCAGAUGUACUUUUUUUUUCUUUGAAAAAAAGAAGAAAAGUUGAUGGUAUAAUGCAAAGCAUUAAUUUUAUACUCCUCUCCUAAACAAUGCUCUAUAGUAAGCUUUUUAAGAUAAAGCUGCCUAUAUAUUAGCAUAGCUGUGGUUAAUCCUAGCGAUUGAUGCUUCCAUAAUUCAUUUUUAUUCUACAAAAUCAAUUAUGUUUAUAGCUAUACUGUAAGUCUAAUUAAUGAUCUUUAGACGAUAAGAAAUAUUUCAGGAACAAAUUGAGGUAUGCUCAUCUUGCUUAGGAGAGCAGUAUACGGUGAAAAUUGAAAUUCAUACCUUCAAAAAUUAUUAAUGACAAAAAUCUUGAAAGUUAUGUAGAUUUAUUUUUAUUAUGUUAUUUUUUUAGUAGUUGUCUUUUAUAUUUUUUAGUUUGUUACAUUUUGUUGAUUUUUAAAAAAAAAUACUUUUGUAAGUAGUUUUACGUGAUUAAAAAAACAACAUUGAAUUUAGGAGUUAUAGCUUAAAAUAUAGAUAGAUGCUACAUGUAGCUUAAAAUUAAACAUUAGUCCUGAAGGAGUUCAUUUUGAAUGCGUUUUUGAAAGAUUUUGUAGGCAAAAGGGUUAAUGUUGAAUUUUGAUUCCUCUGUUCUAACUUCUUAGCUAAUUUUUUUUUCAAAUAAAUUCCUCUUAAAUCCUAUCGUUUGUUAUUUUUACUUUCGAGUGUUUUUAAUAAUGCAAAAAUGCAUUUAGUUUUAUACAGCAAACUGUUGCAAGAAUUAUCGCUAUUGUCAGCAUGUUUGUUGUAAAAAUACAAAAACAAAUCUAGUCAUCCUUAAAAUAAAAUGGAUUCAUGUUUUUAACAAGUUAAUAUUUCUUAUCAAUUUCUGACAAUGGUUAUAGAUGCUAUGCAUCAAAGUAUUUUGUAAUUUCAUUUAAUUUAAAGUGAGAAUUGCUUUAUUUUCUAGUCUUCAAAUCCCAGUUACUUUUCAAUUGAAAUAUAUGUUCAUUUUAAAAUGUUACUCAUACUUUUAUUCAUUGUUCACUUUCAUAUUGUCAUAACAUCUGUAUUUUAACAUUUCAAAUUAACCAAGUUUUAUUGCAUAUUGAUUGCUCAUAUAAUUCAUUCUAAAUAAUUUCUGUGAUGUGUACAUGCAACCAUUAUAUGUACUUAACUGCAUUUGAAGCUGAAAAUGUGUUUUUUUCCGAAAUGCCAUAUGCAUUGUAAGUUGCUUGCUUCAGAGGUGGUAACUAAUUUAUACAGCCGAAAACAAAUCCCUGCUAUGAUAAACUUUGCAGAUUAUUGUUAUUUAAAUCCUGUCUCUAGAUUUUCAAAAUCAGCAAUAAUAGUAUUUAGAUAUUUUCAUUAAAAAAGCUAUUUUGAACAAUG